UUGUAUUCGCCGCAAGUUUGUAUUUUCUUCAGGGACGUGUUAAAUACGCAUGUUUAGACAUUUGUAUUUUGUUUAUUAUUCAUGAGAAAUUGAUCAAACUUGUGAGGGUCUUUGCCUGCGAAGAAAUCCUUUUACAAUACAGCGACGCCGGCUAGUUUAGUGGAAUGGAUAAACCUCAAAUAGUAGAGUAUCUUUCCCAGCCUGUUAGUUACUCAAUUUUUGAUGUGAAAUGGAUCCCGCGGACAGCGAAAUUUGUUGUUGCCGGCUCCAAAUCUCAAGGCAAUGGAGUACUCCAAGUCUACGAAUUAGAAGAAAACACUUUGCAGCUGAGACGUGAGAUAAAUCAGGAGACAUCCGUUAAGACUAUCUCCUUUGGGGCAUCGAGAAUUCGAGAUUAUAAUUUGGCAGUUGGUGAUUUUUCUGGGAAUCUAAUUGUUGUAGAUAUUGAGCGCCCUGAAAGUCCAAUUUACUCAAUCAAAGCACAUUCAAGCAUUAUCAACAGCUUAGAUGCUAUUGGAGGGGCUUUGAUUAAUUGUGGAGCCCCGGAAAUUGCAACAGGCAGUCGUGAUGGAAGUGUAAAGGUCUGGGAUACACGACAAGCUGGUUCUCCGGUAGCUUGUGUGUCCGGAGGCACAAAUUCUAGAUAUAGAGAUUGUUGGGCUGUAGCCUUUGGUAACUCUUUCAAUAACAGUGAGAGAUGCUUGGCAGCUGGAUACGACAAUGGCGAUCUCAAAAUGAUUGAUCUGCGAAAGAUGCAACAAAGCUGGGAAACAAAUCUUGGAAAUGGAGUCUGUAGUACCGAGUUCGAUCGAAAUGAUAUUCAGAUGAACAAAUUAGCCGUGUCCACGCUAGAAGGAGGUCUUUUUGUGUAUGAUAUGAGGACACAACAUCCAAAAAAGGGCUUUGCAUGUGCGGUAGAAAGAGACGCUGGACGAUCUCUUGGGAGUCAAGGAACGAUAACUGGAGCAAAAAGCACCGUCUGGGCUGUUCGGCAUCUUCCACAGAAUCGAGAUAUAUUCGCAUCUUGCGGAGGAAACGGGUCAAUUAGAUUAUGGAAUUAUGAGUAUCCUGAGAAGAGAAAGACUUUAUCUGAUGGAUGUGAUAUCGGCGUAGAAGGAAAUUUGCAGAUGAUUUGUUCUUCAGUAGUUUCUUCCCAACCUGUCCAUUGCCUGGAUUGGUGUUCGGAUUUGAUUGGACUGGCAGUUUGUGGGUCUUUCGACCAAACAGUACGAGUUCUUGUAACUACUAAAUUAAAUUUAUUUUAGUUAUACAUUAAACGAGGGAAAUCCAAAUCUGAGGGCAAAUUAUUGAAAUCGUACUCGCACCUCGCACCCGGUCAGCUCUUUAAUGGCCUCUACACAUUAGAGAAAAAUAUGUCCAUAUUUUAGAGAUUUUCUUACACAUGCGUAGGAAAUUUGCUUCAAUAUGGACAUAAAUUUCUCCAGUGUGUAGAGGCCAUAAGUGGCCGAGAAAAAUCUCCAACACCUCGCAAAUUCAAAUCCUUGUAUAACGACUUCUUUUUGUAAUCGUGCUUGUAAUCGCGUUGAGCUCAAGAAUUUGCGGGGUGUGUGCCUCGGGGGCUUUAGAGACGUCCGGCCCCUAAAAAAACUUUAAAGAAGAGAAGAAGUGCCUCGGGGGGUGUGCACUUGCACAUCCAGCAAAUUCUUGAGUUACAACGAUUAAACGGAUUUCGUGGAUUUCAAUAUUAUUUGUCAUCUGAUAUGGGGAAGAUAUGUAAUAAAAUACUCUAUAUUAGA